UGUGCACGCGCCGUCUUAUCGCGUUGUUUUUACGCGUUCUCGCUCACCCACACAGCCGCGCACGCAACGCGUCGUAUCGCGCUUCAACAGCGCGCUCAGUCACGCUUGACGGAGUGCGCGCGCACAUCGGCCGCGCCGUUAUCGCGCGACGAACGCGCGCGCGCGCGCGCGAGUGCACACGUGCGCGCAACCCAGGGGAGGACGUACUUUACCACGUGCGGCUGUCAUCUCGAGUGUCAUCGAUCGAUACGGCGCUAUCAGUCGGAUCGUUCAACGGAGAGCAGGCCCCCGGAGGGAGGGAACAAGCGAGGUGAAGGACGAACGAGCGGGCCGACGACGACGACGAGGACGGUACUUUCGCGUGUGUAGCCGACGGGGCGACGCUGCCGUCGCGACGCCACAUCUGCUGAUUGUGAGACGGAGAGAAAGAAAGGAAGAGGGGGAGAGAGAGAGAGAGCGAGAGAGAGAGACAGGGGCAGAGUGAGAGAGGGACAACAGCACGGAGUUGCGCACGCGUGCUCGCGUAGAGUUGAUCAGUCAACCGGUGGCGAACAUCAUCUGGUUUGGACGCCCGGCGAAACUUUGCGAUCGCAGUCGAUCCGCGAGCUGAAAUCGGAUCGUCGUUGAACGUGUGCGCGCGCUACGUGGCGGACGGUGUGUGCGUGCGUGUGUCCUUCGCGGCGAGUUUGUUUACGGUGGUAAGGUCGCGCCGUACGUUGCAAGUACGCACCUGUUAUAACGGAGUCUCGCCGUGCAGCAGUAGGCGCGAAUCACCGCGACGAUCGCGUUGUUUACGACGCUCCGAGUGACGAAACCGGAGCAACGUCGUGGCUGCUUAACGGACAUUAAUUGCAUGCGCGCGAGUGUCGAUCUCGAGUGGUGCUUGCACGGAGGACUUGUCGCGGAGGAGCUGUUAAUGCGCGAUAAUUUGUGAAAUUUGCCAAGAAAGCAGCUCUUGCCGCGAUCCCCGUGGAUCUGGAGACGUCGCCUCGAAAAAAGGACUGUCAAUAUGAGGAGGAGCGUUAUUAUGGUGGACGACUUAUUGAAAAGUGAGGAAAACAUCGAUACAAAAGGUGCAGGAGAAUAAGAGGAGGAGUAUCAAAGUGUAACGGGCACAUUGAUAAAAAGAAGAAGAAGAAGAAGAAGAAGAAGAAGAAGAAGAAGAAGAAGAAGAAGAAAAGUGAACUCGAUGCGAGGUGAAAAACAGAUAAGACAUCGGUUCGAAGACAAAGACGGACUAUCUUUGCAUCGCGCGCGCGCACGUUGUUCCUUGGAAAACGCGCGCCUUAAGGCGCGACACGGUGGGAAGAAUAAAAGAGACGUCGAAUAGUCACGUACCAUUGAAAAGCGAGGACUUUCUUGUACGAAGAGCGAGCGAGAGAGAGAGAGAGAGAGAGAGAGCAAGACUCGCUACGAAUACGCGUGUGCCCUUUAAAGUGCGCGCUUGUCCAGGUCCAGGUACCGAGGUCUGGAGAAGAAUACAGAUAUCAGAUGAUCGCGAGGUCGAUAAAAGAAGCGGAACGAUAAAGCAUCGCCGCGCGAAGAAAAGAAGCGGAUUGUUUCGAAAGUGCGCGCGUACCUUUCCGCGCGCACAAAGUCGUUUUAAACGGACUUCGACCUCGGCUUCGAAACGGUGAGUGACUCGCGCUCGCGGACGCGCGUGCACGCGAUUCCGCCGCGGCUUCGCCCGUAAAGUCGCGCGCGCGCGCGCGCGCGCGAUAUGCGCGAAUGCCGCGCUACGUUUUCGUCUUCGUCUUCGUUGCCGUUCUCAUUAUAUCGCGUAGUUGUUGUCGCCGGACAGCGGCCGUGCGGAACGAUGCGUCGCGCGCGUAACCGCCAGGCUUGAUCGCGGCUGCCGGCGGCGCGGCGCGGUGAAUGGAGAGAGCUAACACGGAUCACGCGACCGAAUGCAGUGAUGCAGUGCCGUAGUGUCAGUGACCAGUGCCACGUGCCCAUUGUUUGGAUUACUUGAAGAGAUGCCUUCGCCCGGUGGAUAUUAUGACGAUAGGAAUCCUCUGCUCAAGGGCACCUUAUCGAGCGUGGACCGGGACCGGCUCCGGGAGCGAGAACGACAGGCCCGCGCGGCGAUGUCGGUCCAGGCCGAGCAGGCGGGAGCAGGAGGUGGUCCUGAUCCCAGGCACCAUCAUCAUGGCCACCAUAACCACGCGCACAGCAACCUGCACGCGUCCAACUCAUCGCUCUUCCGUGCUCCUGUCAGGGUGAACUCUGAUAACCAUGAUCGCACCACGCACGAGAUCCAGCUGAAGCUGGGCAACUUCUCGCUGGUGAGGCACCUGCUGGACGACCCGAAGCGCCUCAUCGGUAUCGAUGGCAUCCCGCCGAGCCCGGCGCCCGUCACCCCGUCCUCUCCCAGUCCUUCCGCCUACAAGAGCGCCUCCACGUCCAGGAGUUCGCCGGCUCCGCAGGAGUUCAAGAAACCCAGUGGACUCAGAGCGAGCACCUCGUCUUCCACCUCCGGCGCCGGGCUUCCCGGCGCCAGCAGCACCGCCAGCGGCGCCAGCACCUCCGGCCACCAGCGAGGCAGCGGUGGUUUCGUCAAGCCCGCCGACGGUAAGCCGCCCCACGUCUCCAGGAGCUUGUACAACACCGGUCACGCGGUCAAGCACGUCGGCAGCGGCGGUGGCGGUAACGAUCAUCGCAGCCACGGCUUGCCUCCAGCCAAGGGUCCACCACCGCACAGCUCGUCGGUGAUCGCCGCCAGCCGCAUUCACACGUACGGCGAACGACUGCCCAGGUUACCUCUCGAUAACGCGGCCAAUGCGCGCUACGAGCCAGUGGAGAACUCGACGGACGUGGAGAAUAUAGUAAAGGAGAUGAUGGUGCCACUCACGCCUCUGACGGCGAUCGCGCAGACACCGCGGAAGGAGCUCCAAGAGUCCAAGUUCUCCUUCACCCUUCCGCCGAGGUUGCCGGACUUCAACACGAUGGAGCUGCACAAACAACAACGCGAGAGGCACGCCGCCAGCAACAGACCCUUUGCUGGUCUCGAGAAGGACUUGAGCCUGUCCGAGGACAGCGAAGAUGACGACAAGGAAAUAUCGACGAGAGCGGCGAGAGAAAACAGGAGUCCGGAGCAGCUUUCGGUCAAACUAGCAACGCCGGUGAUGCUGGCGAUGGCACCGGCGCCGCCUCCCGUGGCGCCCAUGUCGCCCAUGGGCAUAUCACCCAUGCGUAUGUCACCGGCACAGACGGUGCUGAGCCCGCACCUGUAUCUGUCGCCGCCGAAGCAGGUGACGGCGACGGCGACGGCAACAGCGACGGCGACGGCGACGGCGACGGCGAUUCCGGAAGGAACGCUGUCCUCACCGGUGGUCGAAGUGCUGCCGCCCAAAUGCUCGCCGCCGGCGAACCUAGCGAGCCACCAUCAGCAGAGGCCACCCAGUCCUCCCGGUCAAGCGCCGCCGAGUUCCGGAAGCGCCAGCUCGAGUUCGGACUCGGGUUCGGAGUCCGGCUCGGACAGCAGCGACGAUUCCGAUGACGACGACAGGUCGGCGACGCAGCCUGCUAAAGGGCCGUCGACGCCACCGUCGGUGUCGCCGAAGCUGGAUAAUAUCGUGGAGGAACCGCCGCCCGCGAUGGAGGAGUCGAAGCGCCGUUGGGACCUGAGUUCCUUCUUCAACAAGACUGCGGCGGUGCAGCACGGAGAACAGAAUCCUGAGACUAAACCCGUUCAGGAUAACGUCAGGCGAGAAGAUACCUCUGAAGUAACGAAGGAGACCAGGUCGCACAGAGAACAACCCCACGACUGGAAAUUAGACGAGGCCUUAAAGAGAACUCACAACGCGACGAUGAUAAGCCUCCUGAGCGACAGCGACCAUCAGUCCGAUCAGGGCAAGAGUCAGCUGUCCGAGGGCAAUCGAUCGCAGGCGGAGAAGACGACGACCAAGGUCGCCGAUAACAAGAAACGCGGUCGGCCGAGGAAAUCCGUCAAGAGCCCGAAGCGCAAUGAGCGCCCGUCGGAUGAAAACCUCAAAGGGAGUAAAUCGCGUAGCAGGACGAGAGUUGUCAACAACAACAACAACAACAACAACAACAACAACAACAAUUCCGUGAAGAAGAAGCAGCCCAAGUCAAAGGCGAUGUUACCCACGAGCGACGACAGCGACAGUGACUCGAGGUCGCAGGGUGUGUCCAGCGGUUCCAUCAGCGAUCAUCAGUCCAACAACGUGUCGGUUGCGGUAGCGUCCAAGAGAAACACACUGAGCGUGUCGUCCAGCGACGACGACAGCACGUCGAACAGGAAAAACAAUAGUGCCUCCGAGAACGAAUCCGCGCGGUGGAGAGGAGUCGCCGUCAAGAGGAACAAGCUGACGGAUUCACCGAAGAAGCAGGACAAGAGGAAGAGCUCGGCGACCAAGGCCAAGCCGAGGAGACCAAGGUCCAGGAUGAACAACGGUGACUCGGAAUCCGAGAGCGAGUCCGAGAUGUCCACGAGGAGUAACCGCAUCCAGGUCGCUAGAGUACCACCCAGGCCUCGAGCGCCUCUCACCAGAGCGACGUCGCUGGAUAACUCAGACAGCGACAACAGUCACGCUGCCAAGCUACAGGAGGAGGACGCUGGUAACGUACAGGACAAGAAGAAGAGCGACACGCUGCGUAAGCUCUUCUCGUCGUCGAAGGGCGGCGGUAAAGGUGGCGGUAAGGGUGGGAAAGGCGGUAAGGGCGGUGGUAAAUGCGGCAUCUACGUGGAGGAGUACACCAGCUCGGUGAACACGCCGACCGGCGGCGACAGCCCGUACAAGAGGCCGUCGUCGCGCACGUCGUCCGGCAGCGCCGUACACUCGUUCCCGCCGCUCACUUACGGCGUGAACGGUGUGCCGCGACUGAUGUGCAAAAUCGAUCUCAACAAAUUACCGCACAACUGCGUGUCGCAAUUGUCGAGGGGUCAGGAGCUCAGGCAGCGCACCGAACUCCCCGACACCAGGCCGUCCUCGAGGCAGCCUUCCAACUUGGCGACGCAAGCGAGGCCGCCCACGCCGGAGGAGGGUGAGAUCGUCGACACGUCGCCACCCCAGCAAGUUAUCCAUCACACCGAUGGGCUACUGGGCGACGGUGAUGUCAGGACUCGUACUGUGAUCGCGACCGAGAUGAUGUCGUCGGACUCGAAGAGCGGCGGUGCUAUGCUCGGUGGUGCUGGUGGUGCUAGUGGUGCCAGUAUUGGUGAUAACGCGCUCAAGAGAAAACAUAGUCCGAGUUGUGCUCCUAUGGCGAGUUUAAGUACUGUAUGUUUGAACGCGAAAGCGAAAGGCUCGUCUGAGCGUGACAGGAAGAGGAGAAAAAGGGAGCAUCCUGAGAAGGACGGCCUGCCGUCCAGAUCUUCGUCGAGUCAGCAGAGUGAUAUUCAGCCGACGAACCACGAAAGGGACGAGAAACUAAACACGAGCUUGUUGCCACCACCGCCGCCGCUGCAGCGCAUCUACUAUUCUUACUUCAAUCCGCAGAACGAAGUUUUGGAGGACCAGGAGAGGGACCAGAACCAGUACCUGACCGAAGCUAAACGACUAAAGCACAGCGCCGACGAGGAGUGCGAGCUUACGGCCCAGGGUAUGUUGUACCUGGAGGCUGUUCUAUACUUUCUGCUGACUGGCCACGCCAUGGAGUCGGACCCUGUCACAGAGAGAGCGUCCUUCACCAUGUACAAGGAUACUCUUAGUCUUAUCAAAUACAUCUCGUCGAAGUUCAAGAGCCAGCCGAACGACUCGACUGAGAACAGUAUACACAACAAGUUGGCCAUCCUGAGUCUCUGGUGCCAGUCCCUCAUAUACUUGAAACUCUUCAAGAUGCGCAAACAAGACAUGAAGGAGUACCAAAAGAUAAUCAACGAGUACCAUCAAAAGGUGCCGCAAUCGGCUCAGACGCCGCAGGGAUUGCAGCAAGAGGGACAGGCGACCCCCUCUUUGUCGCCUACGCCAUCGCCUGCUGGUUCCGUAGGGUCCGUCGGCAGCCAAAGCUCCGGAUACAGCAGCGGCGAACUGAAGAAUAAUCAGCAGCAGAAUCAGGCGCCAAAUCAUCAGAAUCCGUUGCUGAAUCCUCAAAUCCAGUUACCACCGAAUCAUCAGGGUCAGUCGCAGAAUCAGCCAGUCCCGUUCAUCAGCGUGCCAGUGCCCGUUCAUACCGCGAUGGCAAAGCAGAGUCAUCACUUCAGUUUUCUGAUAAACUGUCACGACCUGUGGGACCAGGCAAACGCCAUGGUUACGGAUAAUCAUAGAGAUUUCUUUAUCGAGCUGGACGAGAAGCUGGGACCCUUAACGUUGAAGAGCUCGUUGCGCGAUCUCGUGCGUUACGUUCAAGCCGGUAUAAAGAAGUUACGAGCUCUCUGACCACAGUGGCACAGCCCCCGACCACCCACCCCGAACUACAUUACCGCUCUUCCACAAAACAUGGUCACUUACCCGACCAUGUUCACGUAGUUGCGCGACGUUAUGACGAUCAUCAUCAACAACGGCAACGAACAAGCGACCGCGGGAGUAUACGGGAGACGCGCGAGAGUCGGGAAGGAGUGUUGUAACGGUGAUGUAGCCAAGUCACGGGCCGCUCUUUCUUUCUCUCAGAGAGCUUAGAGAGAAGCGUGGUCUCGGGGGUGCGACGAAUCGAUAAUCGAGGGUCACCAUAGGACGAUGUAAGGAGAAGCGGCGGAAAAGGCGGCAGAGGAGAGAAGCAAUUCGCGAAGUCUUUCUUGGACGGAAGAUUCGGAUGACGUCGGGGCAUUUUUUGAGAUAAAUUUAGCAUCAAGUUAUAUUAGUCAAUUGCAAAGCGCGUGCCUGAAGGGGCCGAGGGGAGGGAAGCGGCUGGCGGAAUUCGCUGAUCUUAUACCCCCACGGUGCAUAGAAACGAACCUCGUGCACUUUGUUUAGAGCACGUGUUACUUACUCUCGAGGCAGUGAAGAAUCGUCGGUACCACCACCUCCUCUGCGAGGCGGGGCGAGAUGUCGAGGUGUAUGCGAGCGAUGCGCGCGCGUAUCUUGCGCGCGUUAGAUUUAGCGACGAGCUACACCGAUGAUUUGUCUCUAUUUUUAUGAAAUGUCUGCUUUUGUAAGUUAAACCGCAUGUAGAUAUCGAUUCGCAAGGCGAAAGACGACGAAGUUGAGUAUGUGAACAAAGAAGCAACAAAACUGAGAUGGAGAAGGGAGAGGGGAUAGGAAGAAGGGGAAUGAGAGGAUAUAGCAGGGGGAGGGAGAAGGUGUGUGUGAGAGAGAGAGAGAGAGAGAGAGAGAGAGAGAAAAGUGAGGAAAUCACGAAGGGGUAGUAGAAGUGCCACUGACGCCCGUGUGUUCUCGCUUCACGGUGCGCCACAGCCGACGUUACCUGAAGCAUGAGUCUCGUUUCGACGAUUCGAGUGCGACGAAUACGCAAGAAAAAAAUACAUAUUUAAUAUAUUAUAUUAUAGUUUAUUAUCUAUAUAAAUAUAUACAUAGUUAUAUAUAAAAAAUAUAAAGAUAAGAAUAUAUUUGAUGAGAUGAGCAGGAAGAAAAAGUAGUUCAUCCCGCGCGCCGGCGCCGUGCAUUCGGUAAUACGGGAAGCAGACGCGUUUGCACGACAUGAAAAAACAUUCGCGAGCAAAUGCCGCGAGUAAGCAGCGGUUGGGGGAGACGCGGGGGUAUGGGCAAUUAGAGAGUGCUUUCGAUGGAGGGGAUGCGCGAGCAAUAAGAUCAACACACAGAGAUUGAGCGACGCACCAUAGAGUUACACAUCUCUUCUAAACGUUUGCGUGCGAAGGACACGACUCUUUUCUCUUUUUUAUUUUCUCUCUUUUUUUUUUUUUCUUUUUCUGUAGAUAGAGAGACCACACACGGGGAGGAGUAAUUUAGACUAGUGACUAAUUAAUAAUGCAACCGAGAAAAAAGCAGUAACAGACGCAACCAAGUACACAUUAUUUACAUUACCUAGAAUUAACCGGGGAAUAAGUAGAGGUUCUAGUGAUGCGAAGUAAAGAAUAAAUAAAUAAAUAAAUAAAUAAAUAAAUAAAUAAAUAAACCAGACAUAGAGCAUACAUGUAUACAUAGGAUGAUUUAACGAGAAACUAAACGGAAGCGUAAAGGGUGGGAAGAAUAAAGAAAAAAAAAAAAAACAGAAAGCGAAAGAAAAACACCGGUGACGAAAAAGAGCGUGUCGAGGUGGCGGACGCUCUCUUGUACGCGCAGGCGUGGGACGAUAGGAAGCGCGUGACGGAUAAAGCAAGUUGCUCAUAUGUAUAUUUUUGUAAAUAGGUAUUUGUGAGUGCCGCCGUCUUGAGGGCGGUCCGCUGUUGUUGCAAUUUACGGUGGACGGACCCGCCCCAAUUUUUGCUACCACAGAUCUUAUCGGAAAUCGGGAAACGUCUGACGUGAGAUUAUACGCGAAACAGAAGGAAACGAGCAGGACGUGAGGAAAAUGUACCGCGUUACUGCGACGAACGAACACACGACGACGACGACGACGAUUCGCCGAUGACUUGAUUUUCGAAAGUUUUCUCCGAGGGAAGAAAGGAUGUUGUUUACUCUCCGCGCUCUCUGUUCCGUUCGCGCGUGCGAACGCAUUCGCGUCACUCGGGCGUGCUCUUGAUCCGCGUUCCCGUUCUCACGAUCGCUUCUGAAAAUAUUAUCGCACGAGCGAAAGCGCGCGUCGAAGAUCCCGACGAGCGCGUGUGUUGUGUCACGGCAGUUCCAUCGUUCGACUUUUUGCGACUCGGACUUGCGAAUCAUCUCUCGGACGCAUCUCUCUUCCCCACGUUCGGUCGGGAGUGGAAUCGCGAUCAGUGCGAAAACAGAAAUGGCAAUCGGCGAUUUACUUUUCUCGAUAAAAAAAAAAAAAAAAAAAAA